AGGACAUACAAUUGUCACGUAUUCUCUCUACAACUUCUCAGCCCGACAAUGGCAAAGUAUUCCCUAUACCACAAUGCCAACUUUCAGUCAUUUGUUAGGUUUAACUACCCCAGUAAGCCCGCCAAAGAAAAAUACGAUGAGAUUAGGGUCGAAGCACAGCUACAGCAUAUCCAUGAAGGAAGAAGGAAAGAGAAAAGUGCCACAGCAUAUGCUGGUGACUACAGGAAGAAAGAGCUGGAUGAAAACUGCCGGUCAUUAAUACGACCAAGCUCCCCCACCAGGAUGAACAAGCCUCACCCACCAGAAGUAUUCCUGGUUACUACACUACAUAACAUCCCGGGUCACUACAAAUGUAAGGAGAAAAUCUCUUCAGAAGGAAAAGGUAAAGCAAAAAAUGUUACUUCGUCUCCCAGUAGACCGAGAAAAGGCCAUUAUGGGGACAAAAGCCAGGUACACGUAUUCAGUGAUGUCAGCUCCAAUGUAGCAGCUCAGGCUUGGCUCAGACUUGCUAAUAGUGAAGACUAUUCUGCUGUAAAGAAAAUGAUACAGUUUGUAAAUGACAAACAAGCUAUGAAGGAGGAUACAAGUGCAAUGAAGAGUACACUUUACCAAGUAUUGAAACAAUAUAUGAAACCUAAAUACCUUCCCUCAGCCCAGCGGUGGCUACUGAAUGCUCGGCCUGAAGAAUCGACCAAAACUGCUUAAAUUUUGGCCUUUACGUUCCAGAUGACACAUCCACACUUAAGAGAAUUGAUAAUGAGCAUCACUUUGCUCAUUAAAGAUAUUAUUCCCACUUGUUUCUUGACCUCAGCAUUGCAUGCGACACAGAUGGCAAUUUGAUUUUAUGUGGACAUCUGUGGUCUUCCUAUAACCUCAGUUACGGGUCAAGCUCCCAUAAUUGGCAGUGCCUGGUCCUCAAAGAAGACAUUCUUUCAAGCUAUAUAUUUUUUGAUGCUGUCAGGAUCUAUCCGAACAGUCUAAUUUGCCCUGUAUUUCAUAGAUUACAUGGAAUCUUCAUUAUCAUCUUUGCUGAGGAGAUCUGAACAGAUGU